UUAGAGACAAUUUCACUAAGUCCGGCGACACAUCUGGCAACCCCGGCUUGAGGCGCUAGGGCGCAACCGAACAACAUGAUGAUCAUGUGUACUUGUUGGAUCUCACUCAUUCAAUGAGUUUCGGCGGUGUCUAGUGCUUCGAUUGCAGAUAAUUACAAGAAUUUACCAGAUUAGUUUCUGUUUCGUAUUGAUAAUGCAUAGCAAAACACUUUUACCUGUGGGGGAUUCGUUAACAAGCACGUUGCCUCCGAGCCAUCUCUGAAGGAGCAGUGCGAACUCCGGGACUGGGAAACGGGUUACUGUCGGCCAUCUCUGAGCUGCUGGUGUUGACAGCACACAUCUGAGGUGAAGAACGCCCUGUCAGACUGUUGUUUUUCUAUUUUAUUUUUUUUAAAAAACUAACUACAUGUUGUAGUUUACUGUUUCUGUAGCCGCGUUGUUUAACAGAUCGUUAUGUAGCCGCGAUUAUCCAACCCAGCCGAGCUUUCUGGAAACGUGAGGGGCACCGCUCGGUUGCCAUUUUUGUUCGGGGCAAGGAGCGCGUGGUGGCGCGUGAUGCCGAAGAGCUGCUCCGCGUUCAACUGCACGAGCCGCUACAGCAGUAAGAAGCCGCAUGUGACUUUCCACAGGUUUCCCUUGAGUAAGCCCUCUGUGCUCAAAGAGUGGCUGGAAAACAUCGGCCGAGAGGACUUCCAGCCCAAGAAGCACAUGGUCAUCUGCUCGCACCAUUUCACCCCGGACUGCUUCAGCAGCUCAGGCAAUCGCAAGAAUCUGCUGUGGAACGCCGUACCCACGCUGUUCACAUCUCCUCUGCCCAACGCUAAGAGGAGGAAGUCUAGGAAAAGGAUGAAGUGCAAGAAAGCUCAUGUUUUGCCAAAGUGGGAGCAGCUGUUGUUACAGGCAGCAGGUUCGGAACCAGAAGAAGUGGGUUUGGGAGAAAAUACAGUGGGAAUCGAUAACGCUGUGGAGAAACAGCUCAGUUCUGUUCUGCAGCAUCUCCCUCCCAUCGACCACAAUUAUGCGCUGCCCAGUCACCAUGCAGCUCGAACCCGUCUCUUCAGCGCCCUGGACACCAUCGGAUGGCUUCGCAGGAAGUUAAAAGUGAAGUGUCAGGAGCUCCGGAGGAUGCGGUUAAAAUUGUGUGCUUGCCACAGGGAACUGGCAAGUCUUCGGGGACGGUGUCUUGUUCCAGCAAGGCUGAGGUUCGAUCAGAAUGGGGUGGCGCGACAUGCUGCACUGCACAGUCCCAAUGGAGAAAAACUCUGCACUUAAUCUUUCCAUGUGUCAGUUAGUCCUACAUUUGGAUUCAAAACUAAAUGAUAUUGCAUCUACUCAAGAGCAUUCAAGUUGAGAAUUGUUGAACAUGGAUUUCUAUGUUUAUAUAGAGAAGACAGGUUUUUUUUUUUCUUACAUUCAAUUUGUAAAUCUAAGGCACAAGUAGGCUAUAAUACACACACGCACACACAGUCUACAACCACUUGUUCCGAGCAGGGUUGUGGCAAGCUGGAGC